AUAUACUAAUUUCAGUGCAUCUUCAUCAUUGUUCUUCAGAUAUUCUUCCAAAGCCUAAUUUAUUAUUAUUAUUAUUAUUAUUAUUAUUAUUAUCUAUUGAACCAUGGAUCCCCACACAAAAACAUUUUAUGAGAUAAUCCAAGCUUAACAAUUGAUACGUAACAAUUGACAACCUAUGGCUCUUCAUUGAUCCUGAACCACACCUUUUAGCAUCAAACACCAUUGACUGUAUUGAUGCUAAAUGAAAUUCAGCAAGAGCAAGUGUGUGUACCACCCUUACGCACAGAGUAGUGGUGUCUGCUUGAUUCUGUAAGACUGUUCUAUAGAAUCUAGCAAGCAUCAAUGUGAUUUAUAUUUAAAGUAUAUAUUGUCAGUUUAGCGUAGGUUUGAACUGCUAUCAAUAUGUUAGUCUCGCCCAAUUACCUUUUUCAGGUAAUUUCAAUUCAGAUGCAGAAAUGAUGCCUCAGUCUAGAAGAAACCCUGGCUUGGAUGAAAGCAAACAAUUUCAAAUAUAUUCCCACGCUUAUCUAACACUGCUUCUGCAGAGCUCUGGUGAUCUGGAUGAGGCAUCAAAAUAGCCUCCGGACAGUGUUCUCCUCAUAUUAUGCUGCAUGGUCUGGACAUGCCCUAGUAUGAAACCUGCACCAGAGACCAAGCAAAAACUUGCGGCCAUUGCAUUAUUUCUGCAUUGCUCAUUUCUUACCUACUGAAUGUACUCUAGGAGGAGUCAACCUUAAGAGUUUAAAGAUUACAGUUAAUAAAGACUUCGGUUGCCAAUCUCAUGACAGAGGUUAAGUGGAAAACUCAAGACUAUAUCUAUUUUUAUUCAUUUGCAUUCUGCUGACCUUUAAGAUGCUGGUUAACUUUUAAAUUGCUUUCUGCCCUAUGCACAAAACAGAUCCCUUGGCUUGACGUCAACUCCCAGAAACCUAAAACAACAUAGCUAUGGGAUUAUAGGAUUCAAAUGGAGCAGAUGCAGGGGUCAUGCUUGGGGAAGACCUGCCUUAGAAGCAUGGAGAUCCUCCUUAGAAGAGGACGAGGGAAGAGAGCAUGCUAAUCCUAAAGCAUGGCUUUUUUACAAAAAGCCUUCUUUCCUAGUCCUGGCUAUGCAAAGCCAAGAUAUUAUUUAGGAAAAGUACUUGUCUGCGCGUCGUCUAACAUUUUGUAUCAGGAAUGAAGAUUAUUUAACCACCCGGAUGUGCCAGCCUCCCCGCGCAAUGCAAUCAAUAGCGAGGAAUAACAGGAGACGCAGGACAUCAAUUUCUGGAGAGCUGGACGUGGCCUCCGCGAGCCUUGUAGGUCACGCCCUUGCUUUAAGAGCAGAUGAAUGAAAUUAAGUAGGGGAAGGACGGGGCCUGGCAAGGGCCGAGCUUCCCUUUUCUAUUUUUAUUUGGAAGCCCCCUCCCCCGGAAGAGAGACGUUCCCCAGGAGAAAAGGAAGCGGCAUCGGAUCGGCGGGGAGAGGGGGGGGCGGCUAUGCCUCGCGGCCAUUGGCUCCCAGGGAAAAGAAGGAGAGGCUUGGGAUUGGCUAUUCAUACAGAGGCGGGGCGGGGCACGGCGGGCUUCGCUUGGAGCUGCAGCGAGUUCGAAGAACGCUGCUCCCGGACGUCGGUUGACCCGACUUCUCCCGCCUGGUGUGUUUCGCUGCGGCUCCUUCUGUAAGAUCAGCUUCAAGGCGCCGGCGCAGCCACUGCGUCCCGCCCCAGCCCAUGGCCGGUGUGCGGGGCGCGUCUGGGCAGAAGCUGUAAGGACAUUCUCGUAAAGCAGCAGCUGGUGAAGUCGCCGCCGCCACCGCCGCCGCCGCCUGCAGGAUGGGUACAGUGCUAUCCCUGUCUCCCGGCGGGUCUGGGAAAGGCAGCAAUGGGGUCCUCGGCGAGAAGGCGGCUCCGGGCAGGGCUCACGGCAAAGGCGAGAGCCGCUUGAAGCGGCCCGGCGUUUUGAUUUCUGCCCUCACCUGGAAACGCCUGGUGGCCGCCUCUGCCAAAAAGAAGAAGAACACGAAGAAGGUGACGCCCAAGCCGGGCUCCGGAGGCGCGUCUGAUCCUUUGGUGCAGCAACGCAACCGCGAGAACGUGCGCAAGUCCCAGCCGGACGGCGCCAAACAGGGUCCCUUGGCUGUUCCAGUGCCUACUGUGCCCGUCUCUGUCCAAGACAACGGACAACCGCCGCCGCCCCCGCCGCUGCCCAGCAACCGCUCGGCAGCCGGCUCCCCGCGGAGAGUGAUCGUGCAGGCUUCUACGGGCGAGCUCCUCCGCUGCCUAGGGGACUUCGUGUGCCGCCGAUGCUACAGGCUCAAGGACCUGAGCCCUGGCGAACUCAUCGGCUGGUUCCGCAGUGUGGAUCGCUCGCUCCUGCUCCAGGGCUGGCAGGACCAAGGCUUCAUCACCCCCGCCAACCUUGUCUUUGUGUACCUGCUGUGUCGCGAGGCGCUGCAAGGCGACCAGAUUGGCAGCCAGGCGGAGCUUCAAGCCUCCUUCCUCACUUGCCUCUACCUGGCCUACUCCUAUAUGGGCAAUGAAAUCUCCUACCCGCUUAAGCCCUUUCUGGUUGAGGGUGACAAGGAGCGCUUUUGGGACCGCUGCCUCUCCAUCAUCCAGGGCCUGAGCAGCAAGAUGUUGCAGAUCAACUCUGACCCGCACUUCUUCACGCAGGUCUUCCAGGACCUCAAGAAUGAAGGCGAGGGGGGGUCCACAAAGGACUCCUCCAGCACCAACAAACACUGGACUAUAAGCCUGGACCGUUAGGAAAUUCAGGGGGGCCCUCCACAGCACCCCCAACCUUCUAGAUACAUCUCACCUCUUCAUCCCCUUCUCACCCAAAGGCUUGACUCAACUAGGGCUUCUCUUGGAAGAAUAAAACCAGGGGUGAGGAUUGUGGAGCUGCAGGGGGGGCAUAGCCCUCUUUUGUACAGGUAGCAUCAUGGACCUGCUUCCCAUUCUUCCUCCUGCCCUGCAAGCCUUUGGUAGACUUUGGUCUGUGUUUGGGGAUGGAGAAGGUUUGCUAUAGCCACCUUUUCAACACUCCAUUGGGGGGGGGCACACCCAGAAUUACAUCAGGCCCUUUUCACAACUGCAACAACUAGAUGAUUUGAGAAUAGGUAAGAUGGGAUGGUUUGGUCCAUGACAUUGUAUCUUUCAUCUAUGAGCAGAAUCAGUCUUUGCUAUCACAGCAAGGUGCCAUGGACAACGUGGAUGCAUUUAGGGCCUUGUAUAUGCAGCUGGGGGAGGGUGUCCUUUUUUCUUUCUUCCAAAUGGGAGAAUCCCUGAACAUAUUAAUGGAUCAGCCUGAGGCAUUAUUUAUCGGCAAGGUUCUGACUCGUGCGGAAGAAAAAAAAACCCUGGCUAUGCCCUUGUUCGAGAAAGCCCAACCUGUCUGUCUUACGGUUUGGGUCUCCCUGCUGCUAUUGUGAAUCACAGUACAGCCAGGGCAUUUAUUCCCCUCCACCUACCCCAGUUAAAGAAAUCCCUGCAUGUAUUUGUCAUUCCUGCUGAUGGAGCUCUGCCAUAAUGGUUCUUAAAAAAAUUAGAUAAUGGUCAUAAAAGACCAUUACUGCAAGUCACUUGCCUUUUGUAAUUUUCCUUUCUUUUCAUCUUGGCACAGGGGAGGGGGGAGGUGUAUAUCCACUCCCAACACUGAAAAUAAGUGCUGAGGAAGCUCUGCUGCUAUCCUUCCAAUGCUCCACUUGACCUGUUCUCUCCAUCCUGCCCCCUCCCCCGCCCCCACUGCCUCCCAUCUAAAGCAGAGGCUGGGAGCUGUCCAUGGUGCUAGCCUCUUAAACCUAAUGUAGACAUUUGCACAUUCUUGACGCUGAAAAAAAGUCAAGCCAUCUCAUGGUGUUUGAAUGUAACAGAACAAUGACUUAUGGGAUGUUUGUGCCAAUGUUGCUCAAAUGUACAAUAACAUAUUGUUUUAUAUUGUAUAUUUAAAAGAGAUAAACGGAAUGAGUCUAAACAGAACUUCAGAACUGUUCAAUCAUUGAGAGAUUCAGCUGUACUAGGAGAGAAUACUAAAUGCUUUGGAUCUAUGAAAACCAGUGACAAGGGAUGCUAGCAAUAGCAAUUCAUGCUGAGGCUUUACUUCAGGAUGGAGGAGGCAUUAAUAGUUGGCUGAUGAUUUCCUAAAUGGCUGUGUUGGCAGGAGACCCCAGACUUGCUAAUGGGAUUUGAUAUUGAAUUGCAGUCCAUCUUAUUCCAGAGCCCUUUUAGGCAAGGACAUGCUCUGUGUGUUCUUAAGAUCUGGCCUUAACAAAUCUCAGUUUAAAAAAAAUAUGAUUUAAUUACUAAAAUAUCUGCAAAUGUAAUUGUUGAUAAAGUAACAAAUUCCUUGCCCACCAGCUUUAUUGUUUGGCAUGUAAUCCUAUAUAACUGAGGUCAUUUAAAGAGGCAAUCAAAGUGGGACCUAUUUUUAAUUGUCUUCUAAUUUCUGAUACUAAAAGUAAUCCAGAAUGUUUCCUACUGGUAUCCUGGUCCUCUUUCAAACUGCACCUAACAAAAAAUGGUACAUUUAUUAAGAACAUAUUGAUAGUUUCUUGUCCCCUCCUUCCAUCUAAGAAGUAUGCUUUCAGUUUGGCAUCCUUAAUUGCUGGCAUCUUCUGAAGAAUGCUGAUGGGCAGAUGUCUCUGCUGUGCCUUAUUAUUCUUUAAUAUUAUUUUAGGGUGGCAGGCUUGGGUUACUUUGCUUCUUUGGUCUCUUUAUUGCCACUGUUGCAGAUGUUUGUCUUUUCCAAUUUUCACUUCAUAAAGUGCUAUGAUAGCGCUGCAUAAAAGAUUUAUUAAAUUCUCAGUUUUAACCCCCUUUUUUUUUUAAAAAAAGUGGAAUUUGAUCAACUGUUAUGUCCUGUUAUUAAGUGGAACUGUCAACAAUUUUCAGAUAUUUAUUUUGUUUUUUCGUGAAGGAGUCUACUGCACCAUUUUACUUAUCAAACAGGCAAAACUAUAGCAGCAGAAAUUUUAAGAGGAAUUCUUUGUUUUCACAACAGCAUGGAAGUUCUCUGUCCAUCUGGUUAAGAUCCCUUAUGGAUUCUUGCUGUGAUGGAGAAGUCCGUAGUGAUUAGUUAGCUGAUAGGAUUAGUUGCUAAAACUUAGCUGAUAGGAUUAAUGACUACAAGUUAAUAAACAAUUUGACUCAUGUUUUAACCAACAGUCAAAUGGUUUAGGAAUUUAUAGACUGAUUUUUGAGCUUGACAUAAAAUCAUUUAGAGAAGAUUGCUGGUUCUGGAUUUUAAAAAAAAUCAGAGAAACCAAGCCCUCAAUUUAAAAGAUACUACCUUGCCUCAUCAUGCAGUCUCCAUAAUUUUGAUUUGAAAUGGUUUUUGAUCCCAGAACUUUGGCUCUGCAUGUGUUAAACCAUAAUGGAAGACAGCAGGAUGCCUGCUAUUUUUGUAAGACAUUUAUGCUAUUUGUUCUUCUUUGCAUAUCUCUUCGAAGGAUUACAUUAUCGGAAGUUUAGGCUUUGACAUUUUGGCAAAUAAUUCUAAUAAUAAACUUGAAAAAUGGUGAACAGAAAAGAGCAGUUUUGUUUCAGAAGCAUGUUCUUAAUUAUAGUGCAGAUGAGCUAUUAUUAGUAGUUACUCUUCUGAAGCUAGUCUGCCUGUUUGGGUACCUGUGUUUUAAUACACAAAAAAAAUCAUGCUUAAUCUAGGACAGUGUUUCUCAACCUUGACAAUUUUAAGGCAUGUGGACUUCAACUCCCAGAAUUCUACAGCCAGCAUUGCUGGCUGUGGAAUUCUGAGAGUUGAAGUCCACAUGCCUUAAAAUUGUCAAGGUUGAGAAACACUGAUCUAGGAUAAGAGAGCUGGGUCCAGACCAAAGUUACAAAAAAGUCAACAUUCACGUCUUGUAUUCUAGAAACUUAUGCUGAUACUAAUAACAUGUUUCUACUUCUGUCUUUAAUUUGAACAUUGUUGAGGUGAUUUGAAUCCAAAUGUCAAUGGAUCCUAUUCUUUGCCUGAAGACUAGCAAUAUAUUCAGGGUAGCUUCCUCCCAUAUGGAUCCUUCUAGGGUUGUUGUGAUUGCAGUCUUCAACAGGGAGCUAUGAUCUCAACCCACUUCGGAACCUUUUUGCCUUCCAUCUAGGUCAAAUGCUAGCCCACUGCACUGAAAUGCUGCUAGUAUCUCUCUCUUUUUGUAGCAAUUAAGUAUUUAUUUACUGUUUAUUUUUAAAACCCACUGUGAUUUAUAAUAACAUAAAUAAGUAUUAUAGAAAUAAUCCAUUAAAACAAUUAUGAAGAAAUAGCACCUGAAGAAUAUCAACAUACAUUCUAAAAGACGCAAUGAUUAUAUCAUUGGGGCUAGAGAAGAGGUCACUGCACAGGGCAGGUGUAACUGCAGAGAACAGCAUAUGCUCUCUAACUGAACUUGCAAGUCAUAGCAAGGCCCUCCCUUCAAAUCAAAGAUGUCUGAAGGCUGAUGUAAUUGGAAAGAUUUUUCAAGGUAACUGUGUGUGCUACAUUUAGGACGUGUCUAAAUGAUUGUACAGCUCCAUUUUUUUUUAAUCUAUUUUGCCGAUUUGCUUUUUUCUGCUAUGUGUUGAAUGAAAAUGACUUUUCAGCAGGCAACCGUUUUAAAGAGAAGAGGCAAAUAUAUCAGAAGAUGAGAGAAGAUAGAAACUACAAAUUAUACAGAAUGUACAGCUCACAGGGUUUCUUCCAGAAAGUUCUUUCAGGAGAAGAUUGUCAUUAUGGUAUGAACAGUUUGUGUCAGUAGGGUUUUUCUUUAAAUUUCAUUUCUUUCUAGGGUUAGGGAGGUCCAGAACUGGUGAAUUCAGUUCAAGGGAAAGUCGUCCCAUAUGGUGAACCAGUGAGUUACAUAUGGCAGCCUUCUCAGGGAAGCACCUUUGAGGCUUGGUUUGACUGUCCAGUCCAGGCUGCCCAUUGUAGGAGGGGUCCUAUCCCAAAUGGUUUUCUUGAGUUCUUAGGCACAUCUAUGCUAUCAGCACUUCAUCUUUCUAUUUUUAACCUGAACCAGAGAUUCAACCACCGGCAGGUCUGCUGUAAUGUUCAUCAUCACUAUUGCAAGCUCUCAACACAGCUGACCCAAUAUACCUUCUAGCUGGCCAAUAUGGGUACACCAAAAUCAGCUUGGUAGUAUGUGUGUAAGAGAGAGAGAGUACAUGAAUGACAACUAUCUGAACAGUCACAUGAAGCCCUUUUUUAAAGCACUGAGAUUCUAUGAGGGGUUAGCUGGAGGGGGGAGUGGGUUAGCUAAGAAGCCAAGAGGACAUGGUUAUGGGAUUUCUUAUCAAUGGGAAAUUGAUCCAGAACCAAAUACGGUAGCUUUUCGCAAUUCAACAUUUUGGAGAGUCAAGCUGUGAGAAAAUUGUUUGGACUGCUUAGCAGGAUCUUAUCUUGGGAAUCCAGAAACAUAGUGCUGCUGUAAGAGCAAAAUCAAAGCCCAUUCAAAAUUUGCAUUUUGGGGGUUGUUCUCAAUUCUGAUUCUGGAUGUGUUCAUUGAUCAUAUCUCCUAUUCUGUCCUUUGAUUCUGAUUUCUGCUUUGUGUCACAGCUUCAGGUUCCUCUCUCACUUCAGCCUUAACACCAUAGGUAGGGUGUUGCCAUUAAUACCCAAAAUGUACUUUUGCUGAUUUGAACCACAGGUUCAUCUAACUCUUGGCUGUUUUGAGCAACAGAAUUCCCUCAGACAUAUGGUUUCCAGGUGCAUGGUUUGCAAUUAAGAGAAUGCAACAAGUGUAUGGUUAACAAGCAGAUAAUUUAAGGAUUAAAGAACUUUUUUAGAAUGAGAAACUAUAGCUAUGUGUGGUGUUGCUUGUAAAACACAAUAGAGAAAACUUGUGGAUAUGGCUUUUGGAAUUCUUUCCAACCUCUUAAUACAGUAGUAACUAUUCUCAGUCAAAUGACCAGGAAGUAGAAGGACUUAAGAAUGGAGCAAUCAGAAGAAUUCCAGGCUAUUGCCCAACUACUUCUCCCAUAAGAUGCAUUGGGAAUAUUUUUCCCUUUGGGUUUUUUACUCCGUUCUCAUUCCAUUGAGUUAUCCAAACUAGCAAACUCGCUGUAUCAUCUAGACCAUUUUUAUAAGCAAAGCAACCCAGUAAAGUCUAAAUGUAAAGUUGGGCAAGGUGGGAGAUGACAUCAGGUAGCAAUAGCAAAAUUUUGGCUGAAGCAGUGUGCUUUUGGGGACCAUGGACCCAAACCAAAACUGCCUUGAGCAUUGCAUUUUCUAUUGCUGGACCAUGCUGACUUGAGUAUGACUUCAUAACCCAUGAAUGUGUCAAUAAACAGAAUAUCAGGCACCAGUUGUGUCCCUGAAAACUGUCUCCAACCUGAAACAUGGAGAAUUUUAUAAAUGUUGUGUUCUCUCAAUCACUGGAAUCUGAAAUCCAAUAAAGCAUUUGUUCUAUAAAAGAU